UGAUUCAGAAAGAGCAAACAGUUUGACUGAGACAGUAGCAGCCAAGAAGAAUAAUAACAUGUAUCUUACUCUUCCUGAUGCCCAUGAUAAUGAUUCCGGGUCCCAGCGAGCAUCUUCCAUUGCAGCUUCACGACUGGAACAGGCCAUGUCAGAGAUAACUAUGCAGAGUACUGCCUCAAAGCAAGGACCUAUGCAGCUGUGGACAACUCUUGAACAGAUCUGGCUACAGGCUGCUGAAGUCUUCAUGGAACAACAGCAUCUCAAAGAAGCAAGCUUUUGUAUCCAGGAGGCAGCCAGUCUCUUUCCCACAUCUCAUGCUGUGCUGUACAUGCGGGGGAGGCUUGCAGAGAUGAACGGCAGCUUGGAGGAGGCUAAGCAGUUGUAUGAUGAAGCGUUAACUGUGAACCCAAGUGGAGUGGAAAUCAUGAACUGUUUGGGACUGGUACUCAACAAGCUUGGGAGAAGAAACCUGGCUCAGAAGGUUCUGCAGGAUGCAGUCCAGGUGCAGAGUACCAGCCACAAAGCCUGGAACAGCCUUGGAGAAGUCCUUCAUGUUCAGGGCAAAAAUGAAGCUGCUGUUGAGUGCUUUCUGACAGCUUUGGACCUUGAAUCCAGCAGCCCUGUCAUUCCAUUUACGGUUAUUCCCAGGGAACUGUGAAUGUUUAGUAUUAACUCAUCAAAUGUGUUCUGUGGAGGAAGUUUAGGUGAUAAGCAGUCAGUUUACAGAUCUCUGUGUGUGUGUAUAAUCUCAGAAAAGCUUUAUUCAAGGAAAUGCUUCUGUUUCAAGAAUAUCACAUUUUCCUUGGACUCAAAGCUCAAGAUAGCUAGUUGAUGGGAAAAUAUUACUCUCUAGCAGCUAGACCUAUUGCAAUUUGAAAUGCUGCCUAGGUACAGUGCUUUCUCAGCUGCAGAAGUAUAUGGAAGCCACAAGAGGCUCAUAUUCUUUUCAGUCUACUUCUUACCUUAUACUGCAAGGAUUCAGUGGUGAAUAAGUGAAAUGCUCAUCUCAAGCAUGGGUUGAACUUAUGCUUAGUUUUACAAGCCUACCUUACAAUGUGGUUAUGCUGGUACCUAAUGGAUAAUACCUGUGGCAUAAGCUACAUACAAUACCACUGCCUUUUGUCAUGUUUUCAUCCUUUAUCAUUGAUUAACAUGUGGAAAGGUAACUUGCAUGAACUCUGAAACUGAUUCUGCUGAAAAUUCAGUACAGGAAAAAAAAACCUUAAAUUUACUCUUGGCACAAUACUUGAGCUGUGAUUCACUACCAUAUCCUAGCUUAGUUCAUCCAUAGCUCUAAGCUAUAAUGUAUUUGUUCAGGUUGGGUCAGUUUGUUUUGUUUUGAAGAUUAUUUUUGAUCUACCAUUUGGGAUGUCAAUAAGUCGGACUUCCAAGAGGAGCUCUCACUCCAUUCUUUUAAGACUUAUAGGCAUUAGGAAAUACAUGGUUUUAAAAAGGGUGAGAAUGGAACAAAUUCUUCACUCCUGCCUUAACUUAUUGUGGCAUGGGAUAGCAAGAACAAAUAUAAAACUGGAGAAAAAAUAGGCAUUUCCAGAAUAUUUUGUAAAUAAAAAUUAAGGCAGCUCAAUUUUAAAAUUUCAGCAAGGGUUUUGUUCUAGCCCACUAGAGGUUAUGGGACAUUAAGACACAAGACUGCUGCUUGAGACAGUGACAGGCACACAUCUCUUAAAAUAUCUUCUUUAAGAGUAUUUCACAAAUGCUCCAUAGGUAGGGACCAUUAGAACUAAACAUAAGUCAUUGAAAAGUCACAAAAAUUGCUCGUACAAAGCAUGUACAUGAUGGAGAUGGUGGGAUGCCCCAUGGACAAAAUUAUUACAUAUGUGAGUUGAGACUCCUGAGCUUUGGACCAAUUGCAGAAUAUUGCAGUGGCUUCUGAGUCUAAUUUGGCAUAUUGUAGGCUAAAUCAGUUUUGCUUGUGCUCAGGGAUGUAUAGAAUGAAAGUAUAGGCAUCUGUGCAAGCACAACUAGAUAUUACUGUAGCUUCUUGAUUCCUUAUAUCAUUUCAUCCUUUCGUUCUAUUUGUAGUACAUGACACAGAUGGAGAACAGUAUGUUAUUCCAUAUAAAUGAUCUCUUGCCUCUUAAAAUUUUCUUUCCCACUUAAGGAGAUAGUCUAGAAGGGCCUCUUUACAAAUAUUUCAGUUGCCUUGGCAUUUGCUUUUAAUUAUGCUGCUAUGAUCAUUCCAACUGAUCUCAUGAACUCACCUGAACUAGUUCAUUUUCCUAUAAAGUAUGCUAUCAAUAACUGGAUUAAACAAGAUAAGUAUAAACACAUAUGGUAUGGCUAUCCAAAAUUA